AAAUUUUACGAUUUUUUGCGUUUCUUCGAUUAUUAAUCGGCGGACGAGUAAAACGAGUGCAACUGCGAACACAGAGUCAGCUAGAGGCAUCAAGCUGGAAAGCAUCACAGCGAUCUUGUAAUGUGAACUCUCGAAGAGAAGUGAACGAUUGCUAUGUGUGAGUGAAUGCGUUCUUGUUGACUUUGUCACGAUUGGAAAAGAUUGUUGAAUGUUGAUGCGUUUGGUAUAACUGAGGAGAUCUACUGGAGUCGUGUAAGGUGUAAGAAGUUUCAUCUUUAACCAUAUCCGUUGAUCUAGGCAAACGGACGUUGGAGAGGAUACGGAAGCAGGAAUAACAUUGCGCGCGCGUGGCACUGUGUGCUGAUAGAGAAUUCGGGAGUGUGAGUUUGCGAGAGUGUGGAUAGAAUUUGAGAAGGGUUGCCAGUGUUCGUUUCUGUGCGUCACUCGUGAAUAACUUCUGAAAAGUGCGAAGUGUGCUGGUAUCCACGAGUCGUGUGCUUCUAUCACCGCCGGAGAAGCGAAAGUGCUAAGCUAAGCUGAAAGGACAAUCAAUGUGAGUGAACGUCAUCAACGAAACAACGUCUGCGAGCGUGCGAGUGAUGUGAGAGAUGGAAUAAACGAGCACGAACGGUAGAAUCGAACGAAUGCGACAAGUCAAGAGCAAAAAAGAGUGAAAAGCCGAUUGUAAUUGUAUUGUUUUAUAAUACCAUUUAGUUUGUAAACACGGAACUGAGUGCGUGCAUGCGAUCGCUGCUAUCUUAGCUAUUGACUACCGUACCUAAGUUCGGAUAGAGAUGUCCAUGGUAAUGAUUCGUAUGGAGGAAGCCAACAAAUUGUUGGAUUUUUCCCAAAAGCUGGAUAUUGGCUUGCUGGACAGCGUCGUCGAAUGUUUGUAUAACAGUACCGGAGAACAACUGCGACUGGCUCAGAAUGUGUUGACCACGUUGAAGGAACAUCCGGAUGCGUGGACCAGAGUCGAUAGUAUACUGGAAUUCUCUCAAAAUCAGCAGACUAAGUUCUACGCCCUGCAGAUUCUUGAAGAGGUGAUCAAGACUCGUUGGAAAAUUCUGCCCAGAAAUCAGUGCGAGGGAAUUAAGAAGUAUGUCGUCGGAUUGAUUAUCAAAACUUCGCAGGAUGCUACGGUAAUGGAAGCAAACAAAGUUUACCUAAACAAACUGAACAUCAUCCUGGUGCAGAUCUUGAAACGCGAAUGGCCGAAUAAUUGGGAAACUUUCAUCAGCGACAUUGUUGGAGCAUCGAAAACAAACGAAACCCUUUGCCAAAACAACAUGAUUAUUUUGAAGUUACUUAGCGAGGAAGUGUUCGAUUUCUGUUCCGGACAAAUUACUCAGACCAAGGCAAAACAUCUGAAAGAUACCAUGUGCUCGGAAUUUUCUCAGGUUUUCCAGCUGUGUCAGUUUGUAUUAGAAAACUCAUUAAAUGCUCCACUGAUUUCGGCCACACUGGAAACGUUGCUGAAGUUUUUGAACUGGAUUCCACUGGGGUAUAUAUUUGAGACAAAGCUGAUCGAUAUGCUGGUCUGCCGCUUUCUGACGAUACCGAUGUUCCGUAACAUCACGCUGAAAUGUCUCUCGGAGAUUGCCGGUCUGCAGCUGGCUAAUUACGGACAUAUUUUCGUAGCAAUGUUCAAGCAAACUAUGGAGCAGUUCGAUAACAUGAUUCCGGCCUGCACCAACAUGAACCAAAUUUACAUGAACGGCUCCGAUGAUGAGCAGUGCUUUGUUCAAAACUUAGCCAUGUUUUUGUGCACCUUUUUGAGGGUACAUUCGGCUUUGGUGGAGAAAAGGGAAACAAUGGACACGGUGCUUAAAGCGCUCGGCUAUCUGGUAAUGAUUUCUGAAGUGGAUGAUGUCGAAAUAUUCAAAAUUUGCUUAGAGUAUUGGAACAGCCUUGCAUCCGAAUUGUACAAAGAAUCGUAUAGUUCAAGCCAACGUCGUACAUUCUACGCCAAAAUUCUGUCCAAGGUUCGCUACAUAAUGAUAUCCCGAAUGGCGAAGCCGGAGGAGGUGCUUGUCGUUGAAAACGAAAACGGCGAGGUAGUGCGAGAAUUUAUGAAGGACACUAAUAGUAUUAAUUUGUACAAGAAUAUGCGUGAAACGCUUGUCUAUCUGACACAUCUCGAUUACGCUGACACCGAGCGUAUCAUGACGGAGAAGCUAUGCCAUCAGGUAAAUGGAACCGAGUUCACGUGGAAAAAUUUGAACACCCUCUGCUGGGCGAUUGGUUCGAUUUCCGGCGCAUUUUUCGAAGAUGACGAAAAGCGGUUUUUGGUAACCGUUAUUAAGGAGUUGCUAGGUCUUUGUGAACACAAGAAAGGUAAAGACAACAAAGCAAUCAUAGCAUCGAAUAUUAUGUAUGUGGUUGGCCAGUAUCCUCGUUUUCUGCGCGCCCAUUGGAAAUUCUUGAAGACGGUUGUAAAUAAAUUAUUCGAGUUCAUGCAUGAGACGCAUGACGGUGUACAGGAUAUGGCGUGCGACACUUUCAUCAAGAUUGCUCUGAAAUGCAGGCGUCACUUUGUCCAGCUGCAACCCAAUGAAUCGUGUACUUUUAUUGAGGAAAUCCUUGCCACCAUGAGCACGAUUAUCUGCGACCUGCAACCACAACAAGUACACACUUUCUAUGAAGCCGUCGGUUACAUGAUUUCCGCCCAAGUCGAUCAGGUCCAGCAAAAUAUUUUGAUCGAAAAGUAUAUGAUGCUGCCUAAUCAGGUGUGGGACGAAAUUAUUUCGCAAGCUACGAAAAAUGUUGACAUCCUGAAGGACAUGGCCGCCGUCAAGCAGCUCGGUAGUAUACUAAAGACCAAUGUAAGGGCAUGCAAGGCUCUCGGGCAUGCCUAUGUUUCACAGCUUGGUCGUAUCUAUCUCGAUAUGUUGAACGUGUACAAAAUCAUGUCGGAGAAUAUUACUCAGGCGAUCGCUUUGAAUGGGUUAGCCAUCAAUAACCAACCACUGAUUAAGGCGAUGCACGUUGUGAAAAAGGAAACCCUGACCCUUAUCUCCGAAUGGGUGUCGAAAUCGAAUGAUUCACAAAUGGUGAUGGAGAAUUUCAUUCCACCGUUGUUGGAAACUGUGUUAUUUGAUUAUCAGCGUACGAAAGUGCCGAAUGCCCGAGAACCGUUGGUGUUGAGCACGAUGGCUUCGAUUGUGAACAAGUUGCAGGCUGUCAUCACGCCGGAGAUCCCCAAAAUCUUCGACGCCGUAUUCGACUGCACAUUAGACAUGAUCAAUAAAAACUUCGAGGAUUAUCCGCAGCAUCGGACCAACUUUUACGAGCUGCUGCAGGCCGUUAAUACGCACUGCUUCAAGGCAUUCUUGAGCAUUCCGCCGAAUCAAUUCAAGCUGGUGUUCGAUUCUAUAGUGUGGGCUUUCAAACAUACGAUGCGCAACGUUGCCGACACCGGAUUGAACAUUCUAAUGCAGAUGCUACAGAACUUGGAGCAGCACCCACAGGCGGCGCAGAGCUUCUACCAGACGUACUUCACCGAUAUCUUGAUGCAGAUUUUCUCGGUAGUGACGGACACCUCGCAUACGGCCAGUUUGCAGAACCAUGCAACCAUCCUGGCGUACAUGUUUUCACUGGUGGAAGCAGGACGCAUCACUGCCAGUCUGGGACCGUCGGCCGACAACGUGCUGAAUAUUCAGGAAUACGUUGCGACGCUGCUCAAGUCCGCCUUCAGUCAUCUAACCGACAACCAGAUCAAAAUCUUCGUCACCGGCUUGUUCAACCUUGAUCAGGAUGUGCACGCAUUUAAAGAGCAUUUAAGGGAUUUCCUUAUCCAGAUAAAGGAGGUCACCGGCGAUGAUGAUUCCGAUCUAUAUUUGGAAGAGCGUGAAACCGAGUUGAAAAAGGCGCAGGAUGAAAAGAGGCGAAUUCUGAUGACGGUGCCUGGAAUGAUCAAUCCGCAUGAACUGCCGGAGGAAAUGCAGGAUGAGUAAGAUUAAAGAAUUUAAGUUGUUGUCAUGAGAUCAAAAAUAAAAAGUUAGAGUUGAAACAAGACGUUUAGAAAGCAGCAGAGAGUAGUUUGCGAAGAGGUAGCAUUUUGCAUUAAGCUUCUUUCCAUUCAAAAGAAUUUAUUUUUGCUUUUUUAACUACAAUAAACACGGAAUACGUUCAAAAUAUACACACUGAUUAUUCAUGCUGCAUAACAGUAAUUGUCUAGAGAAUAUUAUCAAUAGCGCGAAACACUCGACUACAAUACAAGAAAAAGAAUCAAGAUACAGAAUAGGAAAAUGGGUCAAAGCCGUUACAGCUUUCCGCAGCUGAGAAUAAACUGAAUCCCCAGUUACAUAUACAGAAAAGUUUAUUAUUAAAGUUUAAAGGCCUCCAGAGAAUGUUUGAUUGUCGUUUUGCGUUGAUGAUUGCUUCUAAAAAGAUUUAGCAAAAACAGUCCUAUUGGCAUGAGUUCGUGUGUGGUUGUUUCAUAGAAAAGUAAAAUGGUGUCCCCUUUUUAUUACCUACUUUUUACUACUAAUUUAUAAGACGCAGAAUAUUACAUUAAUAUCUAUUUUACGGAUUGACGCGUGACGGCAUGUAUGAAAUUUGUUGAUUUAUUAUUGUUCAUGAUUUUUUUUUUCAAACUACUCAAAUUUUCUACGCGGUAUAGAGAAAGAGGCGAUUAAGCUGCUGAAAUUCGUUUUCAAUGAACUCGUAUUUGGAAGGUUAGGUAACCGACGUGUGAGAAGCGAAGAAACAGAAUAGUUACUACAUUUCUGCAUUAUAUUUUGAAUUUUUUAAUUCGUUUUCCGGAUUGGAUUGAUCGUAUGGUAAGGAACAGUUCGAGCAGCGAGAUAAACAAAGAAAAAUCGAGUACAGUGACGGUGAAGAAGUGAAUGUAUUUUAUCGGGCGGAAAGGAUUUUAUGCUGAAUGUAGUGUUUAAAGUUUAUCAGUAGAGAACACAACACGAGAAUCGAAAGAAAAAAAAAGUAAGCACUAAUAAUUUAUAAGAGGUAAGAUUUGAAUACUAGUAGUGGACACAUCGUGUAAGGGUGUAGUAGAAACAGUUGAGCAACAAGUGAACACAAAACGGAAGAAUACCGGAUGAAGAAAAAGAAUCGGAAAACUAUAGUUUGAUUGAAACAUGUGAAACCACUUUAAGAUAAAAUGAAGAAUCGCGGAGAGAAAUAACAAAAAAUGUAUGCGUGUUUGUAUGUUUGUGUGCCACCCUACUCGGAAUAUAUGAACUAUUUGCGACAGGUUUAUCUAGACACAAUACUGGCAUUAGCUGGAAUGCAAAUUAAACCGUUUUUAGCAGAUCACAAUGAUGGCGAAUAAUGAGAUUUAGUUGCGUGCAAACGAAGUGGUACAUUUUUUGACAAAUUGCAAAAAUAGAAUUCAGAACAGUAAAUACAACCAGAAUCAUUUACUAUCUCACGUAGAU